CCGUCUUCCCUCCUGGCUCAGCUGCUGCUGCUGCUGCUGCUGCCGCUGAAGCAGAGUGGCGUGGCGCGGUGCUGGUGGGGUGUGCGUGUGUCGGGGUUUCUCUCAGCUUUAAGGGAAAGCUGGGUAAGCCAAUCCAGAUAGCAUAUAGAAGGGGGGUUUUCUCCGUCCCCGGCGAGGCUCAGGCAGCAGGAUUUUAUCUCUCUUGGUCUACAGGAUGAAGCUCUGCGUGAGCGGAAGGGUCAACACAGAUAGAGCACUCAGUAAAUCUGCAAGCCAGAUUUAAACUGGCCUCCUUUUGGGGAAACUAAUAUACAUGCCAGCUCCUUGUGAUCGAGCCCUGUAAACACAUGAGAGGGAAGGAACACAGACAAACCAUGAAAAAGAUAUACAUUGGCAAAACCGCCUUAAAAGUCUCUCGAAAUGGUGGCAAACAUCCGAAAAAGAGCUCAUUGCUGGAGCAGAAGGAGGACUUAAGGAAGAGGCUUUCCUAUACAACUCACAAGCUGGAGCUCCUGCAGAGCGAGUUUGACUCCACGCGGCAGUACCUGGAGACGGAGCUGCGACGGGCGCAAGAGGAGCUCGACAAGUUCACAGAUAAACUGCGCAGAAUACAAAGCGGCUACUCAGCGCUGCAGAGGAUCAACCAGGACCUGGAGGAGAAGAUCCACAGAACCUCGCAGCACCAUGACGACGAAAAGCGCGCUCUGAGCAGAGAGAUCAUCGUUCUGAACAACCGGCUGAUGGAGGCAAAGCUCACCAUCGAGAAGCUUCAAGAGGACAAUGACGUGUACAGGAAGGACUGCAACCUGGCUGCUCAGCUGCUGCAGUGCAACAAAUCUCUUUACAGGGCCCAGCUCUCUGAGCUGCCUGCUGAUUUUCAGGAGCGACUGACCAUGCACCUGGAGGACUCUCCUCUCUGCCACACCUACUCUGACUCCGUCCCGGCCUCCCUGAUUGCCAAAGUGCUGGAGAAACCGGACGAGGCGUGCAGCAGCAGCCAGGCCUCCCGCUCCCCGAGCCCCCAGACGCAGGAACACGCUUUCAUUUUGGAAAGCCUGGGCCCCGGGGGCCGCCUGGGGCUGCGGGCCGCCUACAAGUCCGACCUGUACAGCAGCGACACGGCGCUGUACUGCCCGGACGAGCGCCACCGCGAGCGGAGGCCCAGCAUGGACAUCCACGGCGAGAGGAAGCUGCUCUACGGGCCCCAGAACUCAACCGACAGCACGCCGGAGGAGGGCUCGGUGGGGCUGCGCGCCGGAUUCUCCCAGGAGCAUUUCACCAAGUUCCCCGCCGCGCUGGCGGGCGGGUCCAGCUCCUACUCCAGCUUCAGCGGGGCGGGGUCCGAGGACAAAGGCAACGGCGCCCCCAGCAGCGCGGCCUCCUCCCCCCGACACCACUCCCUCUACAUGGACUGGAGGGAUGCCGGGGACUAUGAGAGGAAGAGCGACUCCUCCUGGGACGGGGACAGCCCCGGGGUCUUCGCCAACACUCACCCCUUCCAGCAGACGGAGCUGAGCCACCACCAGAACGGCAGCUCGCCCGUCUACAGCCGCACCAUGUCCUCCUGCUUCAGCGAGCCGUAUGAGCCGCUCCCCCCGUCGUCCUCUCCCAGCAUCGCCUACGAGGACAGCCGCCGGGGCAGCACGCUGGCGCCCGAGGAGGAGGAGCUGAUCGGCCGCUGGAGGCAGCUCAGCGUGGAGGACCUGAGCGCCCACAGCUACCGCAGCCCCGGCCGCGCCUCGCCGUACAGCUUCUCGGAGCAGCACUUCUCCGUCCGUCCCGCCAAGAUCCGACUGGGGCCGCUUUACAGCAGCUUCCAGGAAGGCGCCGACUACUACCACCAGGGGGUGGACGUCAUGGACCCGGUGUGGGCGGCCGCCAGCCCGAGCCCCGAGUGCAGCCCGGGGCUGCGGCAGGCCCACAGCCAGGCCCACCUGUUCCGGGCGGAGGACAGCCAGGAGUCGGAGCACAGCCUCUACCACUCAGGGAGCUCCAAAGACAGGGAAGGGAACGUGGCGGCCGGCGGCCAGGGCGCCGAUUACGUGGACCCCAGCCCCAACAGCUCCACCGAGUCCCUCAACCAGAGGUCCCUGGAGAUGGCCGCCGAGCUGCAGCACUACCAGGCGGAGAUGCACAGCCUUCCCGCGCAGCCCAGCCAGUCGCCGCCGCCGGCCCCGCCGCCGCCUCCUCCUUACAACCAAAAAUUCGGCUCCCUUGGACUUUCCAGGAAGGACAGUCUGACCAAGGCUCAGCUUUACGGAACGCUCCUGAAUUGAAGGACUCCUCCAUCAGGUUCACUCCUUGACAGGACGGUCGAGGCCCCCGCUGCCUUCAGCUACAUCCUCCGUCCGCUCGGCCAGGAAGCGGUUCGCGAUGAAGCCAGGAGCCGAAUAGUUCAGUAACUCUUAACAUAACGUAACUCGUGCUGAUGGUGUAAACGCUUUGAUUCUGGGACGGAAACUGUUUACAAUGUCCAGAGGAAGUAAGUCAUAUUAACAGGUGGGUGUCAGAUGAAGCUCAAGGAGCCCUUCAAAGUUUUUAAGAAUGUGUAUGUUAUUUAAAUGACAAAUGUACAAAUAUAUACCAACUAAAAAUUUUAGUGAUAUAUUUUGUAUGUAGAUGUUAGCAACAAAUUAAUCAGAAACAAUCAAGUACAAAACUUCUCAAUUAUCCCGGAACUUGUAUAUAAAUUUAAAAAAAAACAAAAAAAAGAACUGCCAAGGCUAUAUUUGAAAACUCAGAGAGGUAUUUUAAUUGACACUUUCCCCUGAAAAACUGCACAUAGAUUUAUUAUUUUUAAUCAGCUGCAGCAGCGAUGGCCUUGUGAAGAUUUACAUAUGAAUGUUGAGAGUAAAAAUGGAAACAAAAACAAAUUAAAUCUAACGAGAGACCUGCAUUUUGAUUUUCUUCUGUUUACUGAAUUUGACAGUAUUGAUGGGUGUGUUUUAUUGUUCUUGAUGGAUCAUUUUGAGGUAUAAACAUCUGUCUUAGCGGUCAGUAACAACUUUACUUUUUGCUCUUAUUAUAUUUCUGCAAGAGAUUGUCCCCGCCCCCUUUCUACCUCAGAUUUGGACGCCACUGUAACCCUGUUUCUUUGAAAUUGAUGCAUGUUUAUAUAUUUUGGUUGUUUUGUUUGCCCAAUAAAGCACAAAUUAUACAUUUCA